AUGAACCAAGCCACAGUCCAAAGUUCUCAUGAUGAUGGUAAUGAUGAUGUUCGACCGACCGUUACAUCCUAUCAGGAACCGCGAGGGUUACUUACGGAGUCUACGUGUACUUCGUCUGCAGUAGGAGAAAACGACCAUAGAAACAUGAGGGGUACAACCGCCGUUCCCGUCGUCUCUGAUUUUGCAGGCACGGUUUUGAUGCAGCAGCUAAUCGGAUAUACAGCUACACACCACUCUAGCAACGCCACCAAAAUUGAUGAUAGCUCGCAAGUGAUUAACGGUAGCGUUUACGAAGACAGAAGAAUCGGUUCAGUCGUCGUCGAAAAGCACAGCCUCGAGGGUGGUUCCGUAACACGCAACAGCAAAUUCGCCAACGGAAAUAUGGACCCAAAAAGCUUUAUGGAAUUCUUCUGCAAUCACAGCUGA